GUGAUACCUGUCACGGAGGGGGCUGCAGCAGCAGAAGACGGUGUGGCUGUGGCAGCAGGAGCCGGUGGUGGCGCUACUACCACUGAGCAGGAGGGUGUUGCUGAAGGUGACAAACCUCAGGGAGAAGAAAAGGAGGCUGAUGUGUCUCAGGAAAAGGUCAGCAGCAUCCCUUCAGUAGUAAUAGAGCCAGCAUCAAACAACGAGGUGGAGGGAGAAGAACAUGAAGUCGUUGUGAACGAGUCCAAAGAUGCCUCAGCAGAGGUGGGCACUCAGGGCACUGACACUUCUCCCAGUGAAACUUCCCAAGUUGGAAGUGAGCAGAAACCCACUGAAGAAAUCCAAGCUGCACCUUCUCAAGAUCAGCCUGUUCCAGCAGAAGACGCAGCUGCUGUGAUGCCACCUGGCUUUCUCUUUAAGGUUGAAGUAUUACACGAUUUCGAGGCAGCUAAUAGUGAUGAGCUUAAUUUAAAGAGAGGCGAUAUUGUACUAGUAAUUCCUUCUGAGACCACAGCUGAUCAGGAGGCUGGUUGGUUGACAGGCAUUAAGGAAUCCGAAUGGCUUCAGUACAGAGAUGCAAACAGUUAUAAAGGACUUUUCCCAGAGAACUUCACACGCCAUCUGGAGUAGUUCUCUGCUCAGGCAGACAAAUGUGGUACGAAGCUCUGUCAGUAGGUUUUUAACCUCUUUGAAACACAGGAGCCCACCUUUUUGUAGUUUAAGCUGUUAAUGGUUUACAGACUGGUGCCAGACAAAGCUUGUUGAAACAUAUCAAAAUGAGCAUGAAUGCAAACAGUAAAACUAGCUAUUUCUGAAACAGUACCUGGAAAAAAAAAUCAAGUGGAAAAGAAAUGUCUUUAUUUGUUCACCCGUAUGUGGCAACAGGUUUGUCUGUGCUUUGUCAGAGCUCUGGUGAUCCUGUAUUUGAUCCUUUCCUAUGAAAUCUGAAAUUAGCCUCCUCAAUACCAAAACCUUAACUUCUCUGCACUAAGUGUAUUGUAUUGAGUUGCACUGCAGAAGAUUUAGUUAUCCCGUAGUAAUAAGGUCAAACUAUUACAAGUUUCAUGUGUUGAAAAAAAUAACUGACUGCUGCAAUGUUUUUCAAUGUUAUUUUGGACAUGCAUAAUAUAUAUACACACAAGAACUGAUAUGUGUAUAUAUAAGUGCAUAUGAAUAUAUAUGCAUUUUCACGACUUCAUUGUAACUCUUUGACUGUGUAAGUAUCAUGCAUUGCUCUUUCACUGUCUGGCAUUACAGGAAAUUGUUUUGUUCCAAAGCAAAACUAGCUGCUCCAUUGCCAAAACAUGAUACAGUAUCUGUGUUUGUAAUGUGAAAUUUUCAUUCUGAGAUGAUGAAUAACGUCAUGUUCAAAGCUGCUAACUGUUUGAGAAGGCAUGGCUCAGUCUCCUCUUCCAGCUGCAGUACUAAAAGAUAAUCUGGAGGAGGAGCUGUUAUGAUGCUAAUCUAUACUUUUUUAUUUAAUUGGCUGAAUAAAGUUUAAAAAAAGAAACAGAACUCAUCUCUGAGAAGAAAUAAACACAAUGUAUUUUCACUAUAUGUAUUUAUGCAGCAUACCUUCACAGAUCCUUUUAAAAUAAGAUAUAUAAUGUAUCCUGUAUCAAAAAGUCAUCUGUAACUUAUGUUUUCCAGUGCUGUGUCAUUAAAAAUAAACCUUUGAUCCAAAAAAA